AUGUGGGGUCUCAGCCCCCCCUCACCUGUGUCCCCCUUUGUUGUUGAGUGUCCCCCCCCCCGCCCCUUGUGGAUAAAAUUAAAGCCCCUCGUGGUGGGGGGUGGGUUGUUGGUCCCUUGCUGGGGUUCACACACACACGUCCCUUGUUCCAUCCAUUGGGUAUAUGGGGGGUUCCCUUGGUCCCCCCCGCCUGAGUUUUUUAAGUUCGGUGUGGUGGUGUCCUCGUGUGGUCCCUGGGUGUGGGGUGAUUAUGGAAUGGUUUGUGGGGUUUGGGGUUGUUGUGGCUUUUUGUAA